AUGCCUGCCCCCGCCUGCUGCCUCCAGUGCGCCCAUUUCCACCCUGUGGACGCUUUCGACGAGGGCCGACGCAGCUGCCGGCACAGCCUGGAGCGGCACAGGCAGCGGCGCAGGGAACUGCUGCUGCGCCGGCAGAAGGAGCAGCAGCAGGCGGAGAAGGAGCAGCAGGAGGAGCCGCAGCAGCGGGUGGCGCCGAAGGAGCAGCGUCCCAGCAAAGUGGGGCAAACCAGGCAGCAUCACAAGCCCGCAGCGCAGCAGCAGCAGGCGCCCGCUCCAGCCAGCCAGAAGCGGCAGCCAGCAGCGGCGACGGCGGCGGCGACGAUCUCGCAGGCGGCCUCGCUCCCGGCUGCGGCCUGCCUCGCCCCGCCUGCUGCUGCGCCGCUGGCAGUGCCCCCCCGCGGGCUGUCAGGGCAGGCGCCCGGCAGCUGGCAGCUGGCCGCCGCCUGCGACUUCUGGAGCCCGGCGCCGCUGCCGCCGCCGCCGCCGCUGCCGCAGCCAGGGCUGCACUUGGCCUGGGCCGCGCAGGGCGCCGUUCAGACCCACCACCUUCACAGCCCCACGGCCGCCUCAACCGAUGUGCCCAGCACAGCAGACAUCUUUGGUGCUGAAUCCGGGCUGGGCCUGCUUGAUGAUCCCUGCACCUGCCCACCAGGUGCUGCCCAGUGGCAUGCCCACGCCGACGCAGCGCUGUGGCGGGUGCCGCCGCUGCUGGCAGCAGCGCUGCCGCCAGUGCCGCCAGGACUGCCAGGCCCAGGCAUCACCUGUAGCAUGAAAGCCGAGGCAAGCACCGCCAGCGGCGGCAGCAGCGAAACCGGCGUGGACGACGGCAGCAGCGCGGGCGCCACUGGCCAGCCGCUAGGCGCCCUCGACCGCUUCUCCUGCCGGGUGCCGGGCUGCAGCCGGGAGCUUAAAGUCGGCUUCCUCCAGAGGUGCCGGUGCUGCGAGUUUCACUCCAGGGAGCCCCAGCUAGAGCUGCACGGAGUGACCAGCCGCUUCUGCCAGCAGUGCGGUUUCUUCCAUGCGCUAGAGGAGUUCGAUGCGCAGCGGCGCAGCUGCCGGCGCAGCCUGGAGCGGCACCGCGUGUGCCGCCGGCUGCGCCGCCAGCGGGCGGCGGAGCAGAAGGCGCGCGAGGCGGCGGCGGGCACGGUGGGCGAUGCAGCCUGCCAGGCGGAGGGCGAGGACCAGAGCGGGGAGUCGCUGCCCACCCCGCAGCUGGAGGAGGAAGUGCCGGCUGCCGCCAAGGGCCGCUCCAAGCGCAGCCGGCGCAAGGGGCCGGCGGUGGUGGCGGCGGCGGUGGCUGCGGCUCAGCGGGCGGCUGCCCAGGACCAGCCCCAGGCCCAGCCCCGCCGCCACUCCCCGCAGCUGUCGGCUGGGGCUGAAGACAGCACGAUGCAGGUGCCGCAGGUGCAGGCAGAGCCGGCGCAGCAGCAGCAGGGGUCGGGCAGCCAGCGCGGCUCCCGCAAGCGCUGGUCGGCGGCACUGGCUGCCUCGCCUGCAGCCUCGCCGCCAGACGUCGCCACCCUGCCGCUGCUGGCCCCACCCUGCGCCCUGCCCUCCGAGACCCCCUCCGUCGCCACCGUGGAUGGACCAGAGGCGGAGGAGGCCUGGCAGCUGGGCUGCGGCCAGGCCGCCGCCGCAGCUGCCGCGGCGGCGGCACAGCUGGGGCCAGAUGCAGCCCUGCCGCCGCCGCACUGGGCCGCCCGCGCGCUCGCGGCGGCGGACGUGGCGCAGCAGGCAGCCCCGGCGGCGGCGCAGCCCUGCCUGCCGCCGCCGGCGCCCGGCGCCCGCCUGCCGGCCCUGCUCUUCUCCGAUCCGUGGGUGACGUGCGCCCUGCCGCCGCCGCCGCCGCUGCCGCUGGUGGAGGAGGCGAUGGCGAUUCUGCGAGCGCCCACGCCCGUGUUCAACGAUGUGCCCUCUCAUGCGGAGAUGCUGGAGAUUAACGCAGAGCUGGGGCUGCUGGACAUCAUCGGCCACCCGCCCCACCCCGGCCACUCCGCCACUGGCGCCACCCCCGCCUGGCUGCGCCUGCACUGGGCGCUGCAGCAGCAGCAGCAGGAGCGGGAGCAGCGUGCCGUGUGGCUCACUGCCCAGCAGCAUUGA